AUGGCUGAAGACAGCCGAGGCGACUCAGCGUGCGGUGGGAUGGAUGGCAGGCAGGAUCCGGUCCCCAGCAGUGGCGGCUUCAACUUUCCAGAGUACGAGCUUCCUGAGCUAAACACGCACGCUUUCCAUGUGGCCGCCUUCGGGGAGCUGUGGCGUGGCCGGCUGCGCGGGGAAGGGGACCUGUCGCUGAAGGAGCCGCCGGCACCGGCGCUGCCCGGGGCCGGAGGAGUCAGCGACUCCCGCAGCGAGGAUGCCGCCGUGGCCCGCGAUCUGGGCUGCAGCCUGGAAACGGCAGCCGAGCUGAGGGCGGUGUGCGGCCUUGAUAAACUGAAGUGCCUUGAGGAAGGGGAGGAUCCAGAAGUCAUCCCAGAAAAUACUGACCUAGUGACUUUGGGGGUUAGAAAGAGGCUUCUGAAACACCGGGAAGAAACCUUAACGAUAGAUCGAGCCUGCAGACAAGAAACAUUUGCUUAUGAGAUGGAGUCACAUGCUAUUGGGAAAAAGCCUGAAAAUUCAGCAGACAUGAUUGAAGAAGGAGAGCUUAUCCUAUCUGUAAAUAUCUUUUACCCUGUGAUUUUUCAUAAGCACAAAGAACAUAAGCCCUACCAAACAGUGCUGGUAUUGGGCAGUCAAAAGCUCACGGAACUGAGGGAUUCCAUUUGCUGUGUCAGUGACCUCCAGAUUGGUGGGGAAUUCAGCAACACUCCUGACCAGGCUCCUGAGAACAUCAGCAAGGACCUAUACAAAUCAGCCUUCUUUUAUUUUGAAGGAACAUUUUAUAACGAUAAAAGAUACCCUGAGUGCAGAGAUUUGAGCAGAACCAUCAUUGAGUGGUCAGAGUCCCAUGAUAGAGGCUAUGGAAAGUUUCAGACUGCUAAGAUGGAAGACUUCACCUUCAAUGACUUGUAUAUUAAAGUGGGUUUUCCUUACUUAUACUGUCACCAGGGAGACUGUGAACAUGUUGUUGUCAUUACUGACAUAAGGCUUGUGCAUCAUGACGACUGCCUGGAUAAGACACUUUAUCCCCUUCUUAUCAAGAAGCAUUGGCUCUGGACCAGAAAAUGUUUUGUUUGUAAAAUGUUCACAGCUCGAUGGGUGACGAACAAUGACAGUUUUGCACCACAGGACCCAUGUUUCUUUUGUGAUGUUUGCUUCCGAAUGCUCCACUAUGAUGCAGAAGGCAACAAACUGGGGGAAUUCCUCGCUUAUCCCUAUGUUGAUCCUGGAACCUUUAAUUAA